AGCUGGCUGGUUGUGUUCCACAGCCCGCAGUUGAGUCACUGAAAAAAGCCUCCAAGCAUGGUUAAGUGAAGACCCGAGGCCAGUAUUCACAGGCACCAUGAGUGGUCUGCUCGCCCUUUUGAUUUUUCUCACCUUCACAUGUGGGGCCGCAAAGCCCAAUGCUGGUUUGAAAACAUGGGGUCGCUUCAGUAAAUUACCUUACCCGGGUGACAAGGCUUUCCUCUACGAUACCUUCCCCGACGACUUCAUGUGGGCGGUGGGCACGGCGGCGUACCAGGUGGAGGGCGCGUUUGAGAAGGAUGGCAAGGGUCUCUCCAUUUGGGACACUUUUACGCGCGGUGGGAACCGGAUGGCCACGGGGGACGUGGGCAGCGACAGCUACCACAACAUCCACGCUGACAUCCGAGCUAUCAAGCAGCUUGGGGUCAAACACUACAGGUUCUCCCUGUCCUGGUCGAGGAUAUUCCCCAACGGGACCCGCGGGAGUUACAACGAAAUCGGCACCAACUACUACCGGAUGCUCAUUAAGAGGCUGAAGGAGAUCCGUGUGCAGCCGGUGGUGACCCUCUAUCACUGGGACCUGCCGGAUCACCUCCAGCAGAGCCUCGGCGGCUGGAGCAACCCGGAGCUUGUGGGGAUAUUCAAGGACUACGCCGAUUUCUGUUUCCUGACUUUCGGGGAUGAUGUGAAGUAUUGGAUCACUAUUGAUAAUCCGUUUGUGGUGGCGCGGCACGGGUAUGGGACCGGAGUGGUCGCUCCUGGGAUUAAGAACGACCCUGAUCUUCCAUUUCGGGUUGGACACAACCUUCUCAAGGCUCAUGCAGCUGCAUGGCAUCUUUAUGACCGUCACUACCGACGACGGCAGCAGGGCAAGCUGUCCAUGGCACUUGCCUCUCACUGGAUCAAGCCCAGUCGCACACGUCUGGAAAGCCUGCGAGAGUGCCAGUGCUCUCUGGACCACGUCCUGGGCUGGUUCGCCCGUCCGCUUUUCACAGAUGGAGACUAUCCUCCCUGCAUGAAGAAGAGGCUGGGCUCACGGCUGCCCUCCUUCACCCAGGAGGAGAGGGAGCACGUGAAGGGGACGGCUGACUUCUUUGCCCUCUCACACGGAGCUGCCCUGAGCUUCCAGCUUAUCAACGACAGCCUGAAGUUUGGACAGAAUGAGGAUCUGGACCUGAGGAUGUUGCUCUACUGGGUCAACGCUGAGUACGACAAGCCACCCAUCUUUGUGGUGCAGAGUGGGUGGUACGUCCUCGGCAACACGAAGACAGAAGACCCAAAACACAUGUACUACUUCAAGAGAUUCAUCGCUGGGGCACUUAAAUCGAUCGUCAUAGAUGGAGUGAAUGUGAUCGGAUACACAGCCUGGUCUCUGAUAGACGGCUUUGAGUGGCACAGAGAGUACGGGAUACGACAGGGACUUUACUAUGUUGACUUCAACACUCCUGACAUGAAGAGGGAGCCAAAGACGUCUGCCACCUUUUACAGAAAUGUCAUCCAGAGGAAUGGUUUCCCUGAGCUCCCAGAAAACAGACCAGCACAAGGAGUCUUCCCGUGUGAUUUUGCCUGGGGCGUGUCUGCUAACUCCAUACAGGUGGAGACCACGCCCAGCCAGUUUGCAGACCCCAGUGUUUAUUUGUGGAACAUCUCCAACAACGGGGAGCUGAUGAGGCUAAAAGGCCUCAGUGCACCACCUUUACGCCGAACCACACACUGCGCUGAUUACGCCACCAUCCGACAACAGGUGAAAGACAUCAAGGAGGUGGGUGUAAAUCACUUCCACUUCUUUCUGAAUUGGUCAGCUGUGGUUCCCUCAGGUGACGUGGCUCGACCCAACACCACCCUGCUGGGCUACUACCGCUGCUUCACCCGCCAGCUGCUGCAGGCCAACAUCACGCCCGUGGUGACUCUCUGGCACCACACUCACUUGCACAGCAGCCUGCCGGCACCGCUACUGCACAAGUGGCUGAACAGGAAGACUCCAGAGGCCUUCGCAGACUACGCCAGACUCUGUUACAGAGAACUAGGUGCCCACGUGAAGAUAUGGAUCACCCUGAAUGAGCCUAAUGAUGACAGUGUGAGCUACCAGGAUGCCCAUCAGAUGCUGCGGGCGCACGCUCUGGCCUGGCGCGCAUAUGACCGCGAGUUCAGACACGCACAAGGAGGACAGGUGUCUCUGGCUCUGCACAUGGAUUGGGUGGAGCCGGCUUUUUCAUUCAGUCGUGAAGAUGUAGAACCGGCUAAAAGGGUUUUGGACUUCCGUGUCGGCUGGUUUGCUGAGCCGAUCUUUGGCAAUGGAGACUAUCCUCAAGGAAUGAGGAGCUGGCUGCGUCAGCUCAACUCACUUGACCUUCCAGUGUUCAAUGAGGAGGACAGACAGCUGGUGAAGGGGACAUAUGACUUCUUUGCCAUCAGCCACUUCAGCACCGAGCUGGUGACUCAUGCCAAGGAAGACUCGUACACCUACAUAGCAAAGCUGGAGGUCCAACACAUGAGAGACACCACGUGGAUUAGGUCCCCCAGGCCUGUUGUGCCCUGGGGCCUGAGAAAGGCCCUCAACUGGGUGAGGGAGCAUUACUGUGACGUGCCAGUUUACGUGAUGGCCAAUGGGGUCCAGGAAGACCCAGCCCGCUUCAAAGACAGCCUGAGAGUCUACUACCUGUACAACUACAUCAAUGAGGCGCUGAAAGCAUACACUCUGGAUGGCGUUAACCUGAAGGGUUACUUUGCUUAUGCCCUGAGUGACCAGAGGGACCCUGGGUUCGGUUUGUACGGCCAGGUCCACGAAGAGGUCAUCGUCAAGGCCUCGGUAUCCAACUAUCGCAACAUCAUCCAGUUCAACGGCUUCCCCAUUCCAGGAGCCGCACCUCAGCAGUGCCCUCACUCGCCCCAGCCCUGCCUGGGCUGCCAGGUGCUGGUCAAGAGGCCCGUGGUGGGCUUCCUGACUCUGGUGGGCUCAGGGGUACUUAUCACCCUGGGCCUCAUCAUCUACUACACAGCCAAGAAACACAAGGAGUGUUACUGAUGAACAUGGAGCUUUUUCUUCUUAAAUAAUGACUGUUGAGAAAAAGAAAAUGUAGAGGUCGGUCUUGAUGUCAGUUUUACAUUUUAGUGCUUCUUUUGAACUUUUUGUUAAAUGAAGUCUGAAUUAGGAAAGUGGUUCAAUCAUCUUCACAUCUAGUAUUACUGCCGUUAUGUAAAAUUGAUGUAAAUAUGUUAUAAAACCUGCUAGCUACCUUUUACAGUUUAUAAACCCAUAAUUGUCACAAUAUAACAGACUAAUGUGGAUUAGCGGUUUUAUAAAUGACUAAAGAGUCAAAGCUUAACCCUCCUUCCACUAAGGCUUAGACAUUGAGAAGAUAAAACAAGAAAAAGGACAAUUUAAGUACCUGAACCACAAUCACCAAGGAAGCUCCAUAGACUAUUUACAUUUUAGGUUUUCUUAAUGCGACUGCAUUGAGGGAGAUUUGACAGCCACCAAGAUAGUCUGACUAAUAAAGGAAUAUCUUAUUUUAUAGUUUUGCAGUCAUUGAGAUGCCAAACAGACUGGACACUCAUGGCAAUUUAUAAAAAACACAACUUCAUAUCAUUGUGGUUAUUUUGACUAGGUUGUACAGUUUUGUGACUAUAAUGAGUAUUUGUUUAUCUGUGAUUAGUGCUCAAAUUAAUACAUUUGCUUUAACAAACAGGUAAAAAAAUAAACUAAAAAAAAAACAUCAGCUGGGAACCUCUGUUGCAUGUCAGUCUGUUUGUAUGGUCUAUGGA